AUGGCUUCGUCCGUGGAGAAGUUCGAAGGCAAGGAAGAGAUCCGAGUCGAGCACCAGGCUGCAGAUACCAAAGAGGUUCAUGGAUUCGUAUAUGAGGACCCGAACACAGCGCCCAAAAAAUCUCGAGCCGAGCGCAAGCUGGUGUUCAAAGCUGAUUUGUUGAUCGUGGGCUUGACCUCGUUGGUCUUUCUUGUGAAUCAGUGGGAUCGAGGGAACAUUGGCAAUGCCAGGGUCAUGGGAUUCCAAAAGGACUUGCACAUAAGCAAUGGGCAGUUCUACAACGCCAUCUCCCUUUACUAUGUCGGAUACAUCGUCUCCAUCCUGCCUGCGAGUUUGUCUGUCCGCUUCUUCAAACCUCACCGCCAGAUCGGUGGUUGUGUCAUUCUCUUCGCCACGCUCUCCUGCUGCAUGGCCGCUGCCAAAAACCCCGGCACCGUCCUAGCCUUGCGCAUCAUCUUCGGCUUCGCCUCGGCCUUCCUCCAAGCCCUGACGCUCUAUAUCAGCACGUGGUACAAACGGAACGAAAUGGCAACACGUACUGGCGCCUUUUAUUCUGCCGCCACCAUCGCAGGAGGCUUCAGCGGUCUGAUUGCCUAUGCGAUACAAAAGAAUCUGAAUGGCGCCCUCGGCCAUCCGUCCUGGUACUGGCUAUUCAUCAUCGAAGGUGCGGCCGGUAUCUUUGUCGGUCUGCUCUGUUGGAUUCUGUUGCCGCCGUCUCCAGACCAACUGAAGAAAAAGCAUUGGAUCUUCACCAACGAUGAAAUUGACCUGGCAAUCAACCGCAUGAAGACAUACAACGUCGAACACGCAGGAUUCAAGUGGAAACAGAUGUGGAUUGCCCUUAAAGAUCCCAAAACCGUUCCUUUCUGGUUCAUAAAUGCCGGAAUUUCUCUGGCGUUGGCUUCUAUCAGCGCUUUCUUGCCUACCUUCAUAAGCGAGUUUGGAUACGAUUCUGUCCAAACACAGCUCUUCUCAAUCAUCCCGUAUGCCUGUGCCUUCGUCACAUUGAUUGUGGUGAACAUUGUCUCUGACCGACUCAACCUCAAAGGAGUGGUCCUUAUGGGUCUCCUGUGCAUCGGCGUAGUCGGUUACAUUAUCCUGAUUGCGGUGCACAAUGUCAAGGUCAAGAUAUUCGCGACAUGCCUGAUCACCAUGAGCACUUUUCCCGGUGUGACGCUGAUGGGAGCCUGGAUCAACAUCAACACUGGGGGCUUCACCAAGCGCGCCACUACCUGGGGCACGGCUGAGAUUGUUGGCCAGUGCUUCGCCAUCCUUGGAUCGCAUAUCUACACAGAUCCGCCACAAUACAUCAAGGGACACUCGAUCGUACUGGCCUUUGAGGUCCUUGCGUUGGCGUGCGUUGUGUUUUGCUGGUUCUGGAUGCGGUGGUUGAACAACAAGAAGGACAAGGAGGCGCUAGAACACGCGGAGGCUGGGACGACAGACCCGAACCUCCACAAGACUCUUGAGGAGAUCCAGGACUAUCAUCCUUCCUUCCGGUACAUCCUGUAG